AUGUGGAGUAAUCCCCCGCCCCUAACGUCAAUUUAUUCUGUUCCUCUUCUCACCGCUCUCUGCCAAGGCAAUUCUUUCAAGCAUGUCGACGACAAGGGUGAUCAUUUGCUUGUUGAUGAGAAUUUCAACAUAAACGGUAUUAUCGAUUGGCAAUUCGCCCGUGCUGUGCCAGCAUCAGAGGCGUUUGGCCCGUCUUAUAUCACUGCCGACCUCAUGUCGCUCUACAGUAGCAACACUGGUGUGACAGGGGAUGAUCAUGAUUUAGCAACUGCGCUUGGGGGCAAAGGCUCUUACAACCUUGCUUUAAUUGCCGAACGAAAUGAAUUUAUGCGUCGUUUUCAUCAUGGACUUGCAAGCGAAUUAAACAAAGAUGAAGCUCGUAAAAUGUUGAAAGGAUUGAUCAAACGUCUGGAAGGUGAACUCAUAACCGACCUUGAUGCGUGGAUUGCAGAGCAAACUAAAGCUCUUGAUGAAAAUUUGAGAUGGAGAGUUUUACAAGCCUCACUUCUGGAUCGGCAACCGGCUCUAGACAGUUCAAAGCAGCUUGUUCUUAAACAAGAACCAAAAGUCUGA